AUGCUAUGCUUCUCUAUAGAUUCUCCAGACUCGUUAGAAAAUGUUCAAUCGAAAUGGGUUGGCGAAAUUGCGGACCAUUGCGAAGGUGUCAAAUUGGUUUUGGUGGCUUUAAAAUGUGAUUUGAGAAAUAACGAAGAUACUGACGUCGAUCAAACUGGUGGAAAUAUAGGAGGCGCAGAAGAUGAAUCGUUCAACCCAUAUUCUCAGUCUUCUUCAAACCCAUACCAACAACAGAAACGGUUAAUCAGCUACGAAGAAGGUUUGGCUGUCGCUAAGAAAGUUGGUGCUUUGAGAUACUUAGAAUGUUCUGCUAAAAAGAAUAGAGGUGUUAAUGAAGCUUUCUCUGAGGCUGCUAGAUGUGCUCUUAAUGCUAAACCAAAAGGUGCUAAUGAUAAUGAACCAGAAAAGAAAAGUUGUGUUAUAAUGUAA